CCCCUACAUCACUAAGUGACGUCAUCCUCCCUAGUAUAAAUACGUUGAAGCGAGAAGAAGAGUUCAGAGCUUCGCAGCGCAUCCCUUGAACUUCGUAGCCGAAAGGAAGGUAAAGAGAGAGAAGAAAAACAUUCUUAACUAGAAACUGCGUGACGAGUUACGUGACACAAGAUGCAACCCAAGCAGCGGGAGCUGAUCACUAAGCGACUGCAGUAUUUCCAACAUGACUUCCGGCCAACCGAACUACUACCCCGCCUCACCUGUUUGACCGAGGCGGACUCGCAGCAAGUUGAAUGCGAUGAAAAUAACAAAGGAGCUACCAGAGCCACAUGGACUCUUAUUGACAAGCUCAAGCGACGGGAGAAUGGGUUCGAGCAGUUUGUAUUGGCCGUGAGAUGUGAGGGAUUGGGGCAUAUAGCGCUAUUACUUGAUCAUAGCUUUGAAGUGAGCGAUGAGGAUAUACUGCAUGAGAAAGAAGACACCAGGAGAUUCUACAAAAUCGGAUCCGCUGUUGAUAUUCGUAUCACCGGGCGCAUUACGAAGAAAGAUCUUCCUGAUCGUCAGCUGGACAUCGAAAAACUGGUGGCGGAGAAAUUCGCCAAAUUGCGUUCCGAGGAUACAAAGGAAAUACGCAAAGAAUUCAACAAAGUGCUCCCGCGCGGAAUCGAAUUCGUUCAGACAAAACAGAUGGGCGGACCGUUGUCGCCACGAGGAAGCAGACACGAGGAAGCAAAACCGGAAAUCGAACUUGAACCGGAAACUGAAGAAUUAUCUCAAAAGUUGAAUGAUGUGGUACUUGCUUCAGAGCAUGCAGGAUCAGAGAGUGAAAGUGAAAAGCCGUCCGCUGACCAAUACAUGAAGGACUCAGUGGUCGCCGUGUUUCGGUUCGCGACCAUCGCUGCCGUAGACGAGUUUAAAGGAAUUUGGGAAAACGGAAAGUUCCAAGAAAUCUGCCAGGAACUGCUUGUUACCAGGCCCCUGUCAAAUAUGGGCGAGAAAAAAGACCGUCUGCCACUUGAACUAAUGAUGAAUUUCUUAGAGGAAGAUAUGGAGCGUAUCAAAAACAUUCUCGAAGAUGUUGAAGCCGAGCAAGAAGUCGAGAGGACUGGGGAUGACCUGCUUCGGUCAGCCAGAGGCAGUGAUGGUCACGAGACCGACUUUCUGGAUGAACAGGACAUCUCUAUAAAUAUCCCGCCAGUCUACCUUGAAUCUAACCACGGCUCGGCCCUGGCUCAUGACCUCAAGCUCCGCAAGUACCAAGAGGAGCUCGCUGAGCCUGCGAUCCAGGGGUACAACACCGUCAUCUGUGCGCCGACCAAUAGCGGCAAGACAUUCGUUGCUAUGGAGAUCGCUAAGCAACAUCUUGACAAGCACUCCGAUCAUGCAAAAGAGGAAAUAUGGGAGGAUUUUGCUUCCAACAAGGACAGCGUAGAUAAACUCAAUAAGCGUCAAAAACUCACUAAGAUUGUGGAGAAUUCACAAACUGGCUGGAGGGCGGUCGGUGGAUUUGAUUCUGAUGAACAAUCAUCAGACUCCGAGGAUGAAAAAUCUAUACGCAAAGAAACGGGUGUAACAGACUGUCGAAAACGUCGCCUUACUAAAGAUAGCGGGGAUAAGCCUAAAUCUAAGGAAUGCUCUGUUCAAAGGGGCUUUAAUGGCGCUGUUGAGAUACCGGAUCAGAUAACUGGGCCUAAAGUAAUCUUCAUCGUCAGCACACAAAAUCUUGUGCUACAACAGCGGCAGCGCUUUGAGGCAUAUCUCAGCAAUUAUGCUGUAUGCGACAUUUCCGGAGUGAACUCUACAGAAAUCCCCCUGAAAUUCCUUCUUAAGGCUAACGACGUUGUGGUACUCACAGCGCAAAUUCUGCUGAACGCGCUUCAAAACAAGAAUGAGCUGUCCUCUAUAUCUUUAUCUGACCUAUCCCUGCUGAUAUUUGACGAGUGUCAUCACACCAAUAAAAAUCACUCGUACAACAAGAUUAUGCACCAAUAUAUCGACCUGAAGCUGAAAAAACACAAGGGCCUCCCACAGGUGGUAGGCCUCACCGCCUCUCUUGGCGUCGGUAAAUCCAACACUGUUGAGAACGCACAUAAGCACAUCCUGCAGAUCUGCGCGAACAUGGAUGCGCAAAAAAUCAACACGGUGCGUGAAAAUGUCAACGAGCUUAAAGAUUGCGUGACAGGAGGAGUUCCAGAAAGGAAAGUCAUUCGCGUCAAUACAAGCCAGUCACUGAGUCCGUUUACUCGAGCGUGCAACCAGGUGAUGGAUAAGAUCGAAAAAGCGGCAAAGAAGUCUCUCCCAGACCUCCAGCAGCCACCCUGCAACCGGGUGAGCCAGCAAUACCGCCAGUGGAUUGAGGUCAUCAGCAAGCAGGCAUGCGCCUUAGGGCUUCGUCAACUUACUACGUACAUCGAGCAACUGCGGCAGUACCACCUGGCCCUCCUCACCAAUGACACGGUACGGAUGAAGGACGCCCUCACCUGCCUCAAGGAGUACUUCGACACUCUGGACGAGACCAAGUUCACAGAGAACGAUAAACUACUGCACAAUCUGUACCACAAGGCCAAAGAACUGGUGGAGAAUCACGUCGCGAUACAUGGCGAAACCCCGAACCCUAAACUCGAGGAGCUGAAGAAACUGCUCUUGGGAUUCCACGAGAACGACUCAAGAGAGUCCAAGGGGAUUCUAUUCACUGUGACACGUGGCUCUACUGUUGGGCUCGUCGAGUGGAUCAAAGAGUCGGAAGACCUCAAGCAUAAGUUCAGGCCAAAGGCGCUCGUCGGUGGGGGAGACGGUGUUGUGGGAAUGUCUCAACAAGAGCAGGAACUCAUCAUCGAGGAAUUCAAGAAAGGCGUUGUAAACAUUCUCAUUGCGACAUCUGUGGCCGAGGAGGGCUUGGACAUAAAAGAUUGCAGUUUUGUCAUCCGUUACGAUACGUAUGGCAAUGAGAUAUCUAGUACCCAGGCGCGUGGCCGGAUUAGGGCAGAUCAGGGCCAGUAUGUUUAUCUGGCUGACGCUCGGUCUAAAGGCCACGAGCGAGAGAAGCUGAACCAGUACCGAGAGAUACUGAUGACGGAUGCGGUCGCGGCCGUGCAAAAGCUGACUCAGGACGAGUACAUGAAGGAGAUCGAUCAGCUUCAGCAGAAGGACGCGCGUAUUCGUCAAAUAAAAUCCCAGCUUGAAGCGCGCAAGAGAGAUGUCAAUCAGCAUACAGCUACCGCUAGAUUCUACUGCCGGAAGUGUAACACCUUUGCGUGUGAGGCACGUGAUUUCCGGUGUGUCUCAGGCUCCCAUUAUGUCGUGAUCAGCCCCGAGUUCAAGCGCGACAAGAUUGAACUGAAACCACACAAGAAGCCCAAGCUGAUAGACGGCAUAACCAUGGAUACAAAGGUCCAUUGCAAGAAAUGCGGCGAAGACUGGGGCGUGACCGCAAAGAUUCAUGGAGCUGAGUGGCCGCUCCUUAAGAUCAAUAGCUUUGUGGUCCAAAUUGAGGGCGGCCCUCGAAAACUCUACCGGAAGUGGACAGAGGCUGCCCUGAACAUAAAGCAAGUUGAUGAUUAUUUGGAGGUGCUCGCUGAAGAAGAGGCGGGGCUUAAUGACAGUUUGAUGGAUGAUCUGAGCUUGGAUGACGACUUGUAGGCUGCGUGACGGCAUAUUUAGGUCGCGUCACUUGGGUGGCGUUUAGAAUGCAUGACGUCACUUGGGUGGCGUUUAGAAUGCAUGACGUCACUUGGGUGACGUUUAGAAUGCAUGACGUCACUUGGGUGGCGUUUAGAAUGCAUGAGGUCACUUGAGUGGCGUUUAGAAUGCAUGACGUCUUUUAUUUUCGUUAUUUUUAUUUAGAAACCUUCAUCACACAAUGAAACAAAAGAAAAGUGUGAAGAGGGGAAGGCAAGCUCCAGGCGAGAUUCAGACGAUGCAGACCGCGUUUAAGAUAAAUUAGUCUUUAUGAGUGUUAAUUGGAGACUACCCUCCAGCUCAGAGCUUUCUCUGCUCCAAAGAAAACGAGCGACUCAAAAAGCUUCCCAGGAGGGUAAUUGGAGACUUGAAUUGUUAAAACUAGUGCAGAUUAAAUAGCAACACUUACAAACUUACUCAAUAGAAAGCAUAACGGAUUCCUUUUGCUGAGCUAUGUGGUGCGGUAGCCCCUGCGGUAUAAGAAGUGUUCUUAUGGGUAUAUAAAUAACGUUUUUAACGUCAAAUUUGGCAACGGAGCGAGGGGGUCGAGGGGUGAAUAAUAAAACAAACUGUCUGCAUUUCGCCUGCCUCUCCUCUCCCCUCCCGCUUUAGAAAAUCCUGGCCAAGCGUCAUUGGUCAGAAACAAACGACUUCUUGAUAAUGGUAGGACUAGAAAAACUACAGACAAGCUGUAGAGAAACUAGGUGAUCUGAGAGGGCUUGGUAGAAUUAGAGGAAUGAAUCAAUGCAGUUCAUUGCUCCGACGAUGCGUUAAUGCUAGAAACGUCAGGGCCCGUCGGUGUGACUAUUUGUGUUCACAGAGGCGCUUCUACAUUGUGGUUGAUUUGUUUCCUUACUCCUUGAGAAGUCUAUUUUCUACAGAGUCAUCAAGGUUAUCUCUUGACUUUAAAGCGGACGUUCAUAUAGCUAACAUGCUUUUCAAUCUAAAAAUUAGCAUGAAAAAGCCCUGAAAAACAUAAACGCUUCUUACAAGAAUGCAGGUAACUAAUUUGAUCGUCAAGAAUAAAAUGCUAUUUUUUGUA